GCGGCGCCAGGGCCCUGUCGGAUCGGCGGCCGCAUGGCUUCGGCCUCCUCCGCGGCUCUCUCGGGCCUCGGGGCCCGCAACCUGCUGCAGUUCUUGCGGCUGGUGGGGCAGCUCAAGAGAGUCCCACGGACUGGCUGGGUGUACAGAAAUGUCGAGAAGCCAGAGAGUGUAUCAGAUCACAUGUACAGGAUGGCAGUUAUGGCUUUGGUGACCAGAGAUGAUCAUCUGAACAAAGACCGAUGUGUACGCCUAGCCCUGGUUCACGAUAUGGCAGAAUGCAUCGUUGGGGACAUAGCACCCGCAGAUAACAUCCCCAAAGAAGAAAAACAUAGACGAGAAGAGGAAGCCAUGAAGCAGCUAACCCAGCUUCUCUCAAAGGAUCUCGGAAAGGAGCUCUAUGAACUUUGGGAGGAGUAUGAGGCCCAAUCUAGUGCAGAGGCCAAAUUUGUGAAGCAGCUGGACCAAUGUGAGAUGAUUCUUCAGGCAUCUGAGUACGAACACCUUGAGAAGAAACCCGGGAGACUGCAGGACUUCUAUGAUUCCACAGCAGGAAAAUUCAGUCACCCCGAGAUAGUCCAGCUUGUUUCUGAACUUGAGGCGGAAAGAAAUGCUGACAUAGAGGCUGCAGCCGGUGAGCCGCACUCCUGAGAUGUCUUUGUGUGGUUGCACUCCUGUAACAGACAUUUUAUUUUUCCACUGAAUGGUGUGGUGUUUGCCCCUGUCGGUCUGUUGAUUUCCCCAGAUGUGAGUGUUUAUUUUCAAGUGCCUGGACUCCAGCAAGAAACGUGAUACAAUUUGGGCCAAAAAAGAAGCCAAAGAACAGGAUGUGGUCAUGAAAAUGCAUAGAUGAAGACUGGGGGAGGUGGG